AUGUCUGAGGGCAAUGGCUUGUCUCCUUCUGGAAGAAUUUUACAGGUAGAAGGACCUGGUCACAGUAAUGGGUUAGUGCCUUUCCUUCUGAUACUUUACAAGACAACAUUGCUUAUGCAUUCUACACACGGAAUAAAAAGUUUCUUUUACACCUAUGAAGGAGGAAUUCAGAAGGUAUACAUAGCAGAGAAGGUACUCGUCAUGGAGAAAUUGCAAAUUCAUUCCAACAGAAAGACUUCAGAAGAGAACUCAGGAGUAAAUGGUUCAUGGAAUCAUAAUGGGGGACAGGUUCCAUUUUCUACAGAGAAAGUUAAAGCUGCUGCUAAAGCUGGCCUUGCUGCUGCAGCAACAAAAGCGAAACUGUUUGCAGAUCUUGAAGAAAGGGAAAUUCAGAGGCUAUCUGCAAAUAUUAUAAACCAUCAGGUAUACAUAUUGUUGAAAAGAUUAGAGCUGAAGCUGAAGCAGUUUGCUGAAGUGGAAACGUUUUUGGUGAAAGAAUGUGAACAAGUGGAGAGGACAAGGCAGAGAUUUGCUACUGAGAGGGUCCGUGUGUUAUCAACCCGAUUUGGACCUGCUGGUUUUACUUCAUCCAUGAGUUUACCAGAUGUUAGUCCUAUCGGUAAGAAUAACACUAGUAAUAAUAAGCAACAGAUUUUGUCAGCUUCACCUUCACAGCCUAGCAUUCCAGGAUUUGGUAACAACCAACCAGUUCAUCCCCACAUGCCGUUUAUACCAUGCCAGCAAAUGUUUGGGUUGGGGCCAAGGCUGCCUGUAGAAGGGAUGAAGCAAUACUCAUCUACUUCGAAUGCCAUGUUCAAUACUCCAGGUAAUGCACAGCCUACUCUCAAUCAUCUAAUGCUUCGGCCUGUAUCUGGUACUACCUCUGGUUUAGGUUGAAAAAGAGAACUUAAUAUGAGUUGUGAAUUUUAUGAUUCAAUUACUUCUAUAGAUUACUUUCUGCAUUGAAAAUGAAAAGGAAGGAAAUUAUUUAAAUCUGCAAUGAAAUAUAUCUGGCUCGCA